UGCUCCAAGCAGGAGAAAAUGAAGAGAAAGACAAGAAACUCCAAACAAAAGAUGUCUAAGGACAAUAAAACACUCACAGAAGUGAAUGACCAGAAAUCUGAAAAAUAUGAUAGCUUCAACCCUGGAAGAAACAAGACAAUUCAGACUGAAAAGAAACAUUAUGUAUGUAAUGAGUGUGGGAAAGCUUUUAGUCAGAGUGCAAACCUUACAGUACAUGAGAGAAUCCACACAGGAGAGAAGCCCUAUAAGUGUAAGGAGUGUGGCAAAGCCUUCAGUCAUAGCUCAAACCUUGUGGUUCAUCAGAGAAUCCAUACUGGACUGAAGCCUUACUCUUGCAGUGAAUGCGGGAAAUUUUUCACUGGUAAGUCACACCUCAUUCGACACCAAGAAAUCCACAGUGGGGAGAAAACUUAUGAAUGUAAGGAGUGUGGGAAAACUUUUAGUCAGAGUUCAGGUCUUAUUUCUCAUCACAGAGUUCACACUGGAGAGAAACCCUACACAUGUAUCGAUUGUGGGAAAGCCUUUAGGCGUAGUUCAAAUCUUACACAACACCAGAGAAUGCACAAAGGAAAAAAAUUGUACAAAUGUAUAGAGUGUGGGAAAACAUGUUGUUCUAAUACAAAGAUUAUGGACCAUCAGAGAAUUCACACUGGAGAGAAGCCUUAUGAGUGUGAUGAGUGUGGAAAGGCUUUCACAUUGAGGAAGACCCUUAAUGAACACCAGAGACUUCAUCGUAGAGAUAAACCUUACAAGUGUAACGAAUGUGAGAAAGCUUUUACAUCUAACCGGAACCUUAUUGAUCAUCAGAGAGUUCACACUGGAGAGAAACCCUAUAAAUGUAAUGAAUGUGGGAAAACCUUCAGGCAGACUUCUCAAGUUAUUCUACAUUUAAGAACCCACACAAAGGAGAAACCAUAUAAGUGUACUGAAUGUGGGAAAGCCUAUCGGUAUAGCUCACAGCUUAUUCAGCACCAGAGAAAACAUACCGAGAAAGAAGUCUCAUGAAUAAUUCAUGUUAUUGGUAGUAGGGUGAAUUGCU